AUGAACACUCCAAACGCCGCCGCAUACUCCUCGCCCAUGCAGUGCCCCGUAUUCGGCGCCCAGGGGAAAUACGUCGAGGCAAAAAGAGAGGAAGUGGGUAGACGCACCGAUAUCAAUCACAAACUGCGCGAUCUGCAAUAUGGUGAUGUACCGCUUCCACCAGAUCUUAAUGCCCCGCGCGCUCUGGAAAUAGUACCAGUACAUCACGACGUGCACGGUGAGGUUCAGUGUAAUCGGGACCCAGGAGACGGAGGUGCGCCCGACCAGCUCGACGUAGCAGAGGAGGGCGGUUGCGCCGUGGUGGUACGUGUGCAGGAAGCUGCGACUGGAAGAAGUGGAACUGGAGGGAAGGGAGGGACGCACAUAGUAAAGCAGCACAAGCUCAUCCGUCCAUCCCCCGCGCGCAUCGCAAAUCGCAUGGAGGACGCCAUCUUGCGAGAGCGUCGGCAGGAUCUGCUCGAGGAACAGCGCAAGCAGGGCGCCGCUGAUGAGGGUGAGAAUGAAGUUGUGGAUAAUAAAUGGCGUCUGCAGCUUGAAUGCAGGCUGGCUCUUCAUGAGCUGGCGGCCGCCGAAGAUCACGACGUAGUAUGUUGCCAAGGAGACCAGGGUGCCCUUCAGCGUUGUCAUGGGGGUGACGCCCGGCUCGAAGUGGAAUUCCGAGGGCGUCUUGCCGGUUAG